UUAAUGAAAAUAGUCGCACGCGUAUUUUCUCACUAUAACAAUGAUGCCAGGAGCGGAGUUAAUAAGAUUAUAUUUUUUAACAUACAAUGUAGCGACAAAAAAUCCCGAUGAGGAUCUUCACGAUUUGCUCAAAAUGAAGGAUUCAGUUGAACAUAAGCCGCCGGAUUUUUAUGUAAUUGGAUUACAGGAAGUGAAAUCACAACCUCAAGAUUUAUUUUACGAUGUAUUUUUUGAUGACCCAUGGACCAAAGUUUUUAGGGAUAUUUUAAAGACACAGGAUUAUGUAAAAAUAAAAACGCAACGAUUGCAGGGUCUAGUGUUAAAUAUAUUUUGCCUACGAAAGCAUAUUAAUCAAUUAAGAUCAAUUGAGGCUCGAUAUACAAAGACUGGUUUUGGAGGUUUAUGGGGUAACAAGGGUGCGGUGAGCGUGAGGCUGAACAUCUACGGUGUCAGUUUAUGCCUAAUAAACGCGCAUCUGACCGCACACGAUAAUCUUCUAGCCACACGGAUCUCAGAGUACAAUACGAUUCUUCGCGAGCAUAUCUACGAUACUCCGGAGACAUCAAGCAUCUUUUACCAUGAUUAUGUAUUCUGGAUUGGCGAUUUGAAUUUUCGACUGAUGGAGGGCCUCACAGCGAACGAUAUCGAUCUACUCGUUAAGCAAAAUCAAUUGAACGUUCUUCUCGAGAAAGAUCAACUUAAAACAGUCAUGGCCAAUGGUGAAGCAUUCGCUGAACUCAUUGAGAAUAAAAUUUCAUUCCCGCCAACUUAUAAAUAUGAAUUUGGCUCUCAGAAUUAUGAUCUCAAACGUCGACCAUCCUGGACGGAUCGAAUUUUAUAUAAAGUUAAUGAAAAUGUUUAUGAAAACAUAACACUCAAGGCUGUGCAAAAUAGUUACAAGAGUCAUUCUAGUUAUGUUCUAUCGGAUCAUAGACCGGUGACGAGUGAAUUUGACAUUGUGAUUCGUUCAGAUAUGGGAAAUCCAGAAGUAGAAUUUCUUCCAAUUAAUGAAUGGUUCAUUGAUGAGACAAAUGUUGUUAGUUACAAAUUUACCGGUAAUCGAAAAUCUGGAUUUAGAGAUUGGAUUGGCCUUUAUAAGGAUGGUUUCUCAAGUGUCGAUGAUUAUAUUAUUUAUGAAUAUGUCAACACAGACGCAGAAAAAUCUGACGCACCCAGACAAAUGUCAGAGGCGACAUCUGGCGUUGAACGUCUGUCAUUUGUAGUGACGGCCAUUAAAGCACCCGGAAUGUAUCGUCUAAUUUAUUUUACGCAAAAUGCCUCAAUUGUUGGUAUUCUUGGCAUGAGUCAAGCAUUUCCGGGACAUCAUAGAUAGAGCAACAUUAAAAUAACAAUUUAUGAGCAGAUCAACAUGACUCAAAAAAAAAAAACAGAAAAAAAAUUGUUGCGAAAAAUGUAAAGCUUUCAAAGAAGGGGGGAGAACAAAUUUUCCCUUCCCCCCUCCAAUGAUAUGCACCUAUUUUUUUUCAAAAUGAGAUUUACAAAUCACGCUUUAAUCUCCAUUUUGAAUUUUUGGAAUUUUUUUGGAAUUUUCAUCUGAAAAAAAAUUCUCCAGGGUACAAAAGUAUAUAAUUACAGAAAAUAAAAAACAAGAAAAUUUUAGAAUAUAUUUUUUGUUUUUAACUUAAAAAAUUAUUUUUUUGAUAAAGAUUUUGCAAAAAAAAAAAUGAAUUCCGAAAAAUAUUCUAAUAUGGAGACAUUUAGUACCUGGUUUUUUCACGUUUUUGCAACGUGUGUUGUGCAAUACUGUUGAGUGCGAGUUUUCCUUUUCCAAAGAGAAAAAAAACGCAUUUGUUACUUUAUUUUUUCUAAGUAUAGAAUAUCGCCUUUAGGAAAGAAAAACAAAAAAAAAGAAUAAAAAUAUAUCACGGUAAGAGGGUAA